UCUCAGAACACUGUGGUCACAUUCCUCAUGGAGAAGGUAGUCAAGGAAUGUCAGGAAAAGCUACAUGCAACUCUUGACAGACUGAGGAGAGAGCAGCAGAAAGCUGAGACUUACAAACUAACAGCUGAGAAGAAAGAGCAUCUUGGAAGACAGGAGGGGUAUCUGAUAAAGACUGAGAGGCAAAAGAUACAAUUUAAUCACCUCAGCAGCAUCCUAAACAGCAAGGAGCUGAGAGAGCUGCAAAUGUUGGAAGAAGAGAGGAAGAUCUGA